AGCAUGGCCAGGGGCGGGGCUUCCCUGCGGCGCGCCGGGAGGCGGCGGCCCACUUCCGGCAAUAAUCGCCUUGUCGCCGUCAGGUGCGGGCCCAGGUGGCGGGCGCGCCCGUUGUGCACUGGGGGCCGCGGGCGCGUCAGGUGAAGACUAGGGGCCGCAGGCGCACUAGGAGAACUAUGCCAUUUUUGGGUCAGGACUGGAGAUCUCCUGGAUGGAGUUGGAUUAAGACAGAAGAUGGCUGGAAGAGAUGUGAAUCCUGUAGUCAGAAACUUGAAAGAGAGAAUAACCAUUGUAACAUCAGUCACAGCAUUAUCUUAAAUAGUGAAGAUGGAGAAAUAUUCAAUAAUGAAGAGCAUGAAUAUGCAUCCAAAAAAAGGAAAAAGGACCAUUUUAGAAAUGACACAAAUACUCAAAGUUUUUAUCGUGAAAAAUGGAUCUAUGUCCAUAAAGAAAGCACAAAAGAAAGGCAUGGCUAUUGCACCUUGGGAGAAGCCUUCAAUCGGUUAGACUUCUCAAGUGCAAUUCAAGAUAUCCGAAGGUUCAAUUAUGUGGUCAAACUGUUGCAGCUAAUUGCAAAAUCCCAGUUAACUUCAUUGAGUGGUGUGGCACAAAAGAAUUACUUCAACAUUUUGGAUAAAAUCGUUCAAAAGGUUCUUGAUGACCACCACAAUCCUCGCCUAAUCAAAGAUCUUCUCCAAGACCUAAGCUCUACCCUCUGCAUUCUCAUUAGAGGAGUAGGGAAGUCUGUAUUAGUGGGAAACAUCAAUAUUUGGAUUUGCCGAUUAGAAACUAUUCUCGCCUGGCAACAACAGCUACAGGAUCUUCAGAUGACUAAGCAAGUGAACAAUGGCCUCACCCUCAGUGACCUUCCUCUGCACAUGCUGAACAACAUCCUAUACCGGUUCUCAGACGGAUGGGACAUCAUCACCUUAGGCCAGGUGACCCCCACGUUGUAUAUGCUCAGUGAAGACAGACAGCUGUGGAAGAAGCUAUGUCAGUACCAUUUUGCUGAAAAGCAGUUUUGUAGACAUUUGAUCCUUUCAGAAAAAGGUCAUAUUGAAUGGAAGUUGAUGUACUUUGCACUUCAGAAACAUUACCCAGCGAAGGAGCAGUACGGAGACACGCUGCAUUUCUGUCGGCACUGCAGCAUUCUCUUUUGGAAGGACUACCAUCUUGCUUUACUAUUCAAGGACUCAGGACACCCCUGCACCGCGGCCGACCCUGACAGCUGCUUCACGCCUGUGUCUCCGCAGCACUUCAUCGACCUCUUCAAGUUUUAAGGGCUGCCCCUGCCAUCCCUAUUGGAGAUUGUGCGUCAUGCUGUCUGUGCGGGGCUCAUAGUGAGUGUUCUGUGAGGUGGGUGGAGGCUCCUGGGAGGCCCCUGCUUCCAGAAAGCCUGGGAAGAACUGCCCUUCUGCACAGCGGGGAGUGCAUGGUUGCAUUUUCAUCAUCGAAAGUCAGAGGCCAAGGAAAUCAUUUCUACUUCUUUAAAAACUCUUCUUCUAAGCAUAUUAAAAUGUGAAAUUUUGCAUACUAUAUAUAUAUAUGUAGUUCAAAAAUAUUUCAGGUGGUCAGCUCCACAUUCUUUGUUGACCUGACACUAACGGCCAAUAAUAUGCUUCUUAAUUAUCAAAUUAUAGUUUCCCAAUUUUAUACUAAUUGGGGGUGGGUUACAAAACAGUUGAUCCUUGUAAAUACAUUGUACAGAAUAUUUAUUUUUUCUCAAAAUGCAUUUUAACUACUACAUUGGCUGUGCCCAAAUGAGUCCUCUAUUGAAUAGAAAGUGAACCCAGGGCAAUGAUAGCCAUUCUUGUCUUAGGGAUUAUGGAUUGGCGUAUGAAUUGUGCACACGCAGCCCAACAACGGGCAGUGGUCUCUGUGCUCCUAGGCAUCCAGCACAGGUUCUGGCAGGGUACCCCUGCAGGGGGUGGGGGCUGGUCUGUGCAUAAUCCUGGACUGUGAUGGGAACAGCCCAGUGCAGUCUAAACUUCAGUUGUGUUGAAACUACUUUAAUAGACAAAGUAAUAAAUCAUGUUUAUCUGUUGAUUUAAACUUUAUCAGUUUUGCAUCUUACUGAGAAAUGUUUAGUGAUUUUGAUAUUUAAAUCUUUAAAAUAUUGCUUUGUUUUUAAAAUAACGCAUGUCCAUUUUAGAAAAUUAAAAAAUCAAUCCCACCGCCCAAAGAUUAUUGUGCAUGCUGAAAAGAAUAUGAAAAAUCCCCUCAGCAGGCAUAGGAUAGAAAUGUAUUGUUGUAUAUUUCCAUUUUUGAAUAGGGUCAAGGAGCCCAAGCAAAUCAUUUCUACUUUUUUUCGUCUAAGCAUAAUAAAAGUAUACUUUUAUAGCGUUAUAAA